AUGCGAGCUGAUAGGGAUUGUCAUACCCAAAACCUUGCUAGCGAGACUGAUGAUCAGAGAGUUGAGCGUUUACACGCCCGUCGCGAGCGUAAUCGGCGUUAUCAGCUAAAUUUUAAUGUUGAUUUGAAGUGUGCCGCAUUUGACUAUUCUCCUGACUUCGAUUAUAGCUCUCAUCCAUGCGCCGUUAUUGGAGCCAUGGAUAAGAUUUGUGCUCAUUGUCGUGCGAUCAAAUUCAAAGCUGAACCCCCUGGAAUGUGCUCUGGCGGUCGAGUUAAACUGCCGGAAUUAUCUCCACCACCCGAACCUUUAGCAUCAAGGCUCUUGGGCGAAACAACUCAAGCGAAACAUUUCUUGGCCAACAUUCGGAGAUACAACUCAUGCUUCCAAAUGACGUCAUUCGGGGCGACAGAGAUUUCUCACGGUAAUUUCAUGCCAACCUUCAAGGUGCAGGGGCAGACUUACCAUCUGGCAGGAUCACUCCUCCCGCUUCCCGAGUCUGACCAUAAGUUCCUCCAAAUUUACUUCAUGGGGAACUCAGAGGAUCAAAUUGAGCAGCGAUGUCGCAUAGACUCGCAAACUCACCGAGAGAUAAUUGCUGCUCUUCAAAUAUUGUUCGAUCAGCAUAAUUCUUUAGUCAGACUUUUCAGGACCGCUCUUGAACUUAUGCCGACAGAUGAGUACGUGAUUGGCAUCAAAGCCGACAAAGUUCCUGUCGGCGAGCACAGAGGUCGAUACAAUGCACCUUCGAUUGACGAAGAAGCCAUUGUCAUUGUGGGGGAAAAUUUCGAUUCGCGGGAUAUUGUAUUACAUAGGAAAAGCGGCGUCUUGAAACGUCUGAGUGAGACUCAUCGAUCAUACGAUGCUUUGCAGUAUCCGAUCCUUUUCUGGCAAGGGGAGGAUGGCUAUCAUUUUAAUAUUCGUAUGAGGGAGCCAUUUUCAGACAUUGAGACCGACAAAAAAGUCAGCGCAAUGAACUAUUAUUCGUAUCGAUUGAUGAUGAGAGACGAUUCGGACAAUCAUAUCUUGAGAUGUCGACAACGAUUUCAUCAGUACGUUGUGGAUAUGUAUGCAAAGAUUGAGACAGAACGUCUCCUAUACAUCCGAUUGAAUCAAACCAAAUUGCGAGCUGAGCAAUACAUACAUUUACGGGAUGCGAUAAGCACGGAUGCGGUGUCAUUGAAAAUUCUUCGAGAGCGAGAAGCAUUCGAAUAA